CAAGCACUCCACUCGUGUACAGGCUGUCAGUUGCACAAUGGCGUGCGAAGUGUUGAGUUGGUGUAGUGGAAGCUGUUUCUGAGCGACGAACCGGCCCAAAAGUUGGCCAGCCGGGAAGCGGAGAAGUUCUCAGAGGGCCAGACGAACAUCCCUCGUAGUACCGACUAGCAAAUUUUUGGAAACGACGAUCUCUCAGGAACAGACUUUCCAAUCAAAACAAAUGUUGGCUGUGUUAACCUCGUAAUUUCUAGGAGUAUGACUUGCUUCACUGGAUUACAAACGAAGAUUCGACUGUCAUGAGAUACUGUUGCGUCAUUAUUUCGCGCGAGUGCUUUACAAUUUGAGGCCCUGAAGUUGUAAAGUUGAAGUGUUUUUUUUUUUUUUCCACCGAAGACCGUGCGUGCGCGCGCGUAGCUAAGUUGAGGUUAAGUCAGCCGGGGUUAUGACGUGUGUGGUGUCUAGUCGAGUGCAAGUGGUAGCCGCCGCACCGCCGCCGCCGCGACUCAAGCAUGGCCACGACCAGCCGCAGCCGGGGGCGGAGUCCCCGGACGGCGUGGAGUGCGACCUGCCCCAGCCGUGCCCCGGCCUGCCGCCCUCGACGCCCCUGCCCCCGACGGCGGGCCAGCCCCUCGCCGCCUCCUUGGUCGGCAACAAGUACCUCAUCCUGGAGCCCGUGGAGGGCAGCUCGCUGCACCGGUGCGUCAACGUCCACACGCAGGAGGAGUACGUCUGCAAGGUGGCGGGCGGCGAGGGCUCGGCGCUGCUGGCAGCGCACUGCCGCCUGGACGCGCACCCGCACGUCAGCUCGCUGCACGAGGUGCUGCACGGGCGCGGCCGCAUGUGCCUGGUGUUCCCCGUGUCGCACGGCGACCUGCACUCGCACGUGCGCGCGUGCCGGCGCCUGCGCGAGCCCGAGGCGCGGCGCCUGUUCCGCCAGGUGGCGGGCGCCGUGCGCGCGUGCCACGACCGGGGGCUCGUGCUGCGCGACCUCAAGCUGCGCAAGUUCGUGUUCGCCGACCCGCUCAGGACGCAGCUGCGGCUGGAGUCGCUGGAGGACGCGGUGGUGCUGGAGGACCCCGAGGACGACUCGCUCCAGGACAAGCGCGGCUGCCCCGCCUACGUGAGCCCGGAGAUCCUGCGCAGCCACGCGCGCUACUCGGGCCGCGCCGCCGACAUGUGGAGCCUGGGCGUCAUCCUCUACACCAUGCUGGUCGGCAGGUACCCGUUCAACGACAGCGAGCACGCCAGCCUGUUCGCCAAGAUCAGCCGGGGCCACUUCGUGAUGCCCGAGUGCCUGUCGGCGCGGGCGCGGUGCCUCAUCGGGCACCUGCUGCGGCGCGUGCCCUCGGAGCGGCUGAGCGCGGAGGACGUGCUGCUCCACCCCUGGCUGGCGCGCGAGGACGGCUGCGAGACGCCAUGCCGCGCCGACCAGCUCGUUCCGGACGUCGACGACGCCUGAGCGUCGCGCCGGCCCUUCAGACAUUCCUUCCCGCCCUGAUCCACCCCAGCGAGACACCAACGAUGCGUUAUCAGUAGAGCCACGGAAUUUUCGCGCAUUCAUUCAGUCCAAGCUAGGAUGCAAACACCUCCACACUGUCGCGCUGUGUUCGUGAUCGGCACGCAGCUGUCCGGACACGCCCCCUCCGAGACCGUGAGCCAACGACGCCCGGCCACGAGAGAAGUAUGCGAAUCAGCUAGUGCCAAACAACAAGGGUAAAAGAUGUUCUCGCCGAGAAAUCAACCGAUGGGGAAAGUAAACAAUGGGUCGAGCACGCCUUUAACUUUGAAUUCUUGUCCUGAGGCCUUGAGGAAUCCGCGAAAUUUCCAGGACUCUAGAGUAAUUAGUUUCUGUGUUUUGUUUCCCAACUUAAUUCCUGCCGAGGAAGACUUAUCGUGUUAUGUUUGUACAUCUGACAAUUGCGAUCGUGGCUUUUUUUUUUUUUGUUACAUCGCAGUCCUGGGGGUUUUUUCUGCGACCGGUGUUCCGCAAUGGUGUACGUCUGUGGUUUCUCCACAAGCUAUUCACCCCCCGCACAUGAAACCAGACGUUCUGAGAACAUCGUGAAAUUGUGAAAAUUUAUUACAUUUGGCUCUUUGCAGGUUUUCGUUUCAAACUUCAGUCUUUAAAGCUAGUUCAAGAAAACAUCAUUAUUUUGUUCGCUGUGCAGUUCCCUGUGCCAAAUGUUGGGAUGGGAGGCCAGGCACCAGCGCUGUGUCGGUCUGCGAAUGAAGUGAUUUGUGCAUUGACUGAUCCGUUUUUGUUGUUUGUGUCGAAAUGCCCUUUCUUUUGACCCCAAACGCAAGCUUAAAAUUUUUUUUUUUUUUUUUAAGUGAGAAAUAUUUGUUGUGUGUAGACUGUAGCUAAUAAACAAUCUUGUGUGUGACUGUGGUGUUAGUGACACUUGUGCUGAGUUGCGAAAUUUGUUCCUUUGUUAAAGACUUCAGCGCUUGUGUUUUUUUUUUUUUUUUUGUGUCUAGCUGUCUGAUUUUAGCAUGUACAGGUGUUCUUGUUUCUGAGCACAUAAUUUAUCGAGAGUUUGUUUUCCAGAAAGGCCUAUUUUUUUUAUGUUGAUUGUUUUCCUUCACAAGAAUUUCUAACAAAUUACAUAUGUCUAAUGGAUCAAAGAAUUGUUCUCACUCGGACAUGCGACUCUACCAUACGUACUAAUAGAUUAUCAAAGAGUGUUGAAUGAAUAUUAUUGACGUUGCUGUUUAUAUUUGCCUUCAGAAAGAAAUUUGGCUGUUAAUUUCACUGAGUUAUGUGCUAAGUCUUGUGGAAGUCAAGCAGCUACUAAUGAACUAAUGAAUGAUACGGCCAAAAACUGAAAUUUCCACGAGUGCUUGUACCUUCUUCCUUAAAUCAUUACUAGAGACCUGAAAAAUUUGCGGUUUCAUUUCGUGUUAUGCUAAAAUUCAAAUAAUUAUACCUUAGUGCUGCUUCUGUCAUUGGUUCACUGUUAAUCUGGAGGACUGAGGGCCAAUUAGAGACCCUCACUCAUAGAAGUGUCGAAUCACAGGCCACCCAGUCGAGACGACUCGCAAGUCAGCAGCCAAUGAACAGUUGGCAUUUGCCCGAGUUUGUAGAUGAUAUUGGAGUCUAUCCUGGAGGUCAUUGAACCCGCGAAUUUUUCCGGUCUCUAAUCAUUACAACAGUGUGGUUGUGUUGGUCACAAGUUAAGGCACCUGCUUACCCAGUACUGUGAGCGGCCAGGCACCAAGGAGCAACAGUGACCCAAGUAACACGCACGUCUGCAGCGUAGCAACCUACUGGUGUGAAACUAGGGGGGUUAUGUUAAAUUUUAUAGCCCACUAUGUCAGCAGUUUCUUUCUACAUGCCUAUGAUAAUCUUGAUUCUAAAACCUGAGUGUCUUGCCGUAUCUUUUAAUGCCGAUUUUUUACAUAGCCUUUCCAAAUUCUCAAAUAAUUCAAGAAAUUUGCCAGCAUAGUAAAAUAAAAUAAUUUUUGUCCGAAGCUAUAUCGUAAAACGAUUAGUUGACCUAAAAAGUUUCAGUUCUGUAAUCUAUUUGCUUUAUCUUUGUGCACCCCAAAAUGUUAAUAGUUAAUGCAGUGUUUUUUUUACAUACAAAACAUCAAAUGUUGACCUGAAGUAGGAUGCAACCCCCUUAACACAUGUUUCCAAGAAGUAAAAGGAGCUACCUACGCAAGUUUCUUGCUACUACUUAGUAGUCUUCCUCGGGUGCUAUGCAAAGCCAGGCUUGACAGUGGACUGUUACAUCUAAUGUUUCGCAAUAACAAACAGUUGUCUAAUUCUCGCAACCUCUCCUAGUGCCCAGGUAUGCAGCCCUCUUACAGUACUGUUGACGAUCAUGUUUGUUCAAACUGCUCGAUUGUUCUUUCAAGUACAAGGGCAGUCACGUAUCGCUGGAAAAAAUAAUUACUGUAGGUACUUUCAGUUGUAAAUUGUUAUUUUUGAUUUUAUUUAUUUGAAUUUUUUUUAUUUUUAUGCCUUGUAAAGCUGGUGUUUAUUUUGAAAAGAUUAGUGAUAAAAUAUUUUGGAUCAAUGUCUGUAAAAACAUUUUAGGUUAAAUGUAUCUUGUUGUAUUCGGGGAAACCAUCGUGUUAAUUUAUUUUCGAAAAUAAUUUAUUAUUUGCGAUGGAAAUAUCACAUAGUGAAGAUUGUCAACGUAAUUCUGAUUUAUUUUCACCAGUGGAUUUCUUGUGUAUGAACCUGUAAGUAUAUCUAAAGGUACAAAAUCUUGCAUGUAGAGCCUGGAUUUAAAAAGAGGGUGUUUGUGUGAUGCAUAUUGUUACUUUGAAACCUGUAGAGAUGAGGAGUCUGUAAUUCUGCCUGACACUCUGAAUGCAGCUGAAGGCUUCAAGGUUUGCUCGAGUGAAGACUGAACCAGAUGUUUGUGAAUGUUUGCUCUCUUGGUGUACUUCCAGAAGUGACAUAGCUGUACGUGUUUCGUGCGUGCGUUGUGUCGAGCGUAAGUCGAUCAGCUCAGUACGUGGGGCAUGAUGUCAACAUGAUGUCAGUUGAAUUCAGAUGACCUCGAUGCUGUAGUCUUGAACAAAGACUGCAGUGUGAUUAGUUUUGAGGUUCAGUGUGAUAGGAACAUCCUGUCCCACGUAUUGUGCCAUUUGAUUUUCUUGCAAAUAUUUUUGUUUGUUUAAUGAAAGCAAUUGGAACUACCAUCGACACAAUGCUGUGCAAAAUUUCGCUUGCAGAGUGCAGUCAUAAAUUGUACAAUAUGUGUUAUAAAUAUUGUCACCUUGGUACCAUGAACCAUAAGGUAAAUAUCUUUAAAAGGGAAUUUGUUUUUUUUUAACUGAUUGGUUCAAGUAAUUUUUCCAACAUUUAACUUUCUCUCUGGUUUCAAAGACCAAGGUCAGUUAUGAGGUAUUUUUCCAUGUUAAUUUAGUUCUAGUUAAUUGUCAUGAAAUGUGCACAUUAACUACUAGAAAAAAUAUACUUGUGAAGAAUAGGACUGGAAAAUAAUGCUGGAAAUAAAGACUGAAUUUUGAGAAUUGUUA